GUCAGCGAGUGGUCGCGAUCCCGAAUCCGACCAGGAACUGAUCGGGAUCUCCUCUCGGAGUGUGGCCGCUGAUCCCGGCCGGAGCUGGUAGGGAUCCAGUCCCGGGAGCUGGUCUCAGGGUGAGCCAGUAGAUCCGCCUGUGAAUCCAGCCUGCUCCGGAAGUGUGUCCGAACAGGAUUAAUUACAAACAACAACAACAGGAAUAACUGAGAAACCCGGAGUACCUGCAGAGAGAAAGGACAGGAUGUUGCCACUGUUGAAGCAGGUGGCUCUGGGCCAAGGCUCUAUCCGGGCCUACCUCUGGUUCUUCGUCAUUGCCCUGGCCUUGACCGCCAUCAUCAAGGCUGCAGUUGGUGCCCUCGACCUGCUGAGGCGUUUCCGGGACAACACCAGGAGGCUGAGAUGUUUUGAAAGUCCCCCCAGGAGGAGCUGGCUGAUGGGGCACCUGGGAAUGAUCCGCAGUUCAGAGGAAGGCCUUAACCUGGUUAAUGACAUCGUCAAACGCUAUGUAUACUGCUGCCUUACAUGGUUUGGACCUAUCUACCCAAUAGUGAGACUUUUCCAUCCAGCCUACAUCAAAUGUGUCCUUUUGGCAUCAGCUUCCAUUGCCCCGAAGGACAAACUCUUCUACGGUUUCCUCAGGCCUUGGUUGGGUGACGGCCUGCUGAUCAGUAAAGGGGAGCGAUGGGCAAGGCACAGGCGCUUGUUAACACCCGCCUUUCACUUCGACAUCUUAAAACCCUACGUCAAAAUCUUCAACCAAUCAACCAACAUCCUCCACGAGAAAUGGGAGCGUCUGGUAUCGGAGGGAGCGACGUCACUGGAGAUGUUUGAACACAUUAGUCUGAUGACCUUGGACAGUCUCCUGAAAUGUACCUUCAGCUACGACAGUAACUGCCAGCUAAAGUCAAGUGACUAUAUUGCUGCCAUCUAUGAGCUGAGCACGCUGGUGGUGAAGAGGGAACGUUACUUACCACAUCACAGUGACUUCCUUUACAAACACUCGGCUAAUGGCAAGAGAUUCGCCAGGGCCUGUGAUCUGGUGCACUCCUAUUCACUGAAUGUUGUGCAGCGACGUCGGGAGAUCCUGAGGGAGCAAGGGGCAGAUGCCUGGCUCCAGUCCAAACAAGGCAAAGUGACCGACUUCCUGGACGUCCUGCUGCUGUCAAAGGAUGAGGAUGGCAACAGCCUAUCAGAUGAGGAGAUCCAGUCAGAGGCUGAUACCUUCAUGUUUGAGGGACAUGACACUACAGCCAGUGGGAUCUCCUGGGUGUUGUAUAAUCUCGCUCGACACCCAGAAUAUCAGAACAAGUGUCGGGAGGAAAUCCAGGAGCUGUUGAAGUCAAGAGAUGAUAAAGAGCUGGAGUGGGAUGAUCUCUCCCAGAUGCCCUUUACCACCAUGUGUAUCAAGGAGAGCCUGCGGCUCCACCCGCCAGUGACCACCGUGGCACGGUGCUGCACCGAGGAUAUUCAGCUACCAGACGGCAGGGUCAUCCCAAAAGGGAACACCUGUCUGAUCAGCAUCUACGGAACCCACCACAAUCCUGCAGUCUGGCCAGAUCCUGAGGUCUAUAAUCCAUAUCGCUUCGAUUCCACAGACACCGACAAGAGAGCGCCCCACGCCUACAUUCCCUUCUCGGCUGGCCCCAGGAAUUGUAUCGGGCAGAACUUUGCCCUGUCGGAGAUGAAGGUGGCCGUGGCUCUGACACUGCACCGCUACAGGUUAACUCUGGACCCUUCACACACAGUCCGCAGGAAACCCGAGCUGAUUCUCAGAACCGAGAAAGGGAUCUGGCUGGGACUGGAGCGGCUGUCAGAGCCAUCAGGAACACAGCCGAGGGCUGGAAAACCGCAGAGGGAAUUUCAAAAUGGCACAGAAAAGGGGAGGGGAGGGGAAGUUUGACUUAACUUGCAGUAGCCGUGGCCUACAGAUUUUUUUUGUACUUACUGCUACAUGAAUAAAAUCCCAAGAUACGAUGCUGAAUAAAAGCAUAGAAUUUAUAACAAAAAUUUGCAGUGUGAUGU